AUGUCUUUCUGGGACUCACUCAGCGGCCGCAAACAGUCCAAAGGACCCGAAUUCGACCCUUCCACCGCGCAAGAUGCUACGUCGUUCCUUUCGGAGGUCGCCAUCCCUGAUCCUACCUCACUCCACCCCUUGGCUGGCCUGAACCAGGAUACCCUCGAUUAUAUCACUCUCGAAGACUCCGCCCUUGAUGAAACACCUGGCUCGCGAUCACUUUUGCCAUCUCGUGGAUGGUCCGAUGAUCUGUGUUAUGGAGCCGGAACAACAUACCUUGCUGGUUUGACUGCUGGAGGAGCAUGGGGUCUUGCUGAAGGCAUGAGAAAGGUGCCUGCGACAGCACCUCCCAAAAUUCGCCUCAACGGUGUCCUGAACGCUAUCACAAGGAGAGGUCCUUUCCUCGGAAACUCCGCCGGUGUGGUGGCUAUGGUAUAUAACGGCUUUAACUCGGGAAUUGGAUAUGCGCGAGGAAAGCAUGACUCUGCCAACAGUAUUGUUGCAGGUGCCCUAAGUGGUAUGCUCUUCAAGAGCACCAGGGGUCUUAAGCCCAUGAUGAUCUCUGGUGGUAUUGUGGCUUCUAUUGCAGGAGGCUGGGCUCUUGUGCGCAAGACCUUUCUGUAG